ACUCUCUCUUACGUUUUCUUGGAAUCAAUGGCAGUUUAGUUACUACAUCCAUAUUUCUCUUCGUGAUUCUCAAUAGAAGUAAUUUUAAUUACUAAAAGCAAAAAAAUUAAAUAUAUAUGUUCUGAUAUACAAAUCAUCGAGAGAUCAUCGAGCAUAAUGCAAAAGAUACUAGUGCUACUCAUAACACUUUUUAUACUUUCAGUUUCUAGUGUGUCAUCCCAUCGUGUGAAAAGACAAUCAGAAGAUUCAUCAAAGAAGGAAGAAUCUUUUGAACAGGAGCUAUGUAAAGACAAGGACGCUGGAGAAUGGUUCCGGCUUGUUGCUGGUGAAGGAGAUAAUUGUCGCGAUGUCAUUCAGUGCACGUCAUCGGGAUUGCAAGCAAUUCGUUGCCCUGCUGGCCUCUAUUUUGACAUUGAAAAGCAAACGUGUGAUUGGAAGGAUGCUGUAAAGAAUUGCAAAUUGAAAAAUAAGGAACGCAAAAUUAAGCCAUUGCUCCACACGGAUGAGCCACUCUGUCAAGAAGGAUUCUUAGCCUGUGGCGAUGGGAAUUGCAUUGAAAGAGGCUUAUUCUGCAAUGGUGAAAAAGAUUGUUCCGAUGGAUCUGAUGAAAAUAGUUGUGAUAUUGAUAAUGAUCCAAACCGUGCACCCCCGUGUGAUCCGGCUGUAUGCGUCUUGCCUGAUUGCUUCUGUUCCGAAGAUGGAACAACAAUUCCUGGAAAUCUUCCAGCAAAGGAUGUCCCAAUGAUGAUUACGGUGACAUUCGAUGAUGCCAUUAAUAAUAAUAACAUUGAUCUCUACAAGGAAAUGUUCAAUGGACGUCGCAAGAAUCCCAAUGGGUGCGAUAUUAAGGCAACAUUCUUUGUUUCCCACAAAUACACCAACUAUUCAGCUGUCCAGGAGACCCAUAGGAAAGGACAUGAAAUUGCUGUUCAUUCAAUUACGCAUAAUGAUGAUGAGAGAUUCUGGUCAAAUGCAACUGUUGAUGAUUGGGCCAAGGAGAUGGCUGGUAUGAGAAUAAUAAUUGAAAAGUAUGCAAAUAUCACUGACAAUUCAGUUGUUGGCGUGAGAGCCCCAUACUUGCGCGUUGGUGGAAACAAUCAAUUCACAAUGAUGGAGGAACAGGCUUUCUUGUAUGAUUCUACCAUUACUGCACCACUCUCAAAUCCACCACUCUGGCCGUACACAAUGUACUUCCGUAUGCCACACCGAUGCCAUGGUAAUCUGCAGAGUUGCCCAACGAGGUCGCAUGCCGUUUGGGAAAUGGUAAUGAAUGAACUCGAUCGCCGUGAAGAUCCUGGCAAUGAUGAAUACCUCCCCGGUUGUGCCAUGGUGGAUUCAUGCUCCAACAUUCUCACGGGUGAUCAAUUCUACAAUUUCCUCAAUCACAACUUUGAUCGGCACUACGAGCAGAAUCGUGCCCCUCUUGGGCUCUACUUCCACGCAGCAUGGCUGAAGAAUAAUCCCGAAUUUUUGGAUGCCUUCCUGUAUUGGAUCGAUGAGACCCUGGCAAAUCACAAUGAUGUGUAUUUCGUAACAAUGACCCAGGUUAUUCAAUGGAUCCAAAAUCCACGUUCAAUCAAUGAACUCAAGAACUUCGAACCGUGGCGAGAGAAGUGCACCGUGGACGGUCAACCAGCCUGCUGGGUACCACACACGUGCAAACUCACAUCCAAAGAAGUUCCCGGAGAAACAAUUAACCUACAAACAUGUGUCCGUUGUCCGAAUAACUAUCCAUGGAUCAAUGAUCCAACUGGAGAUGGCUUCUUCUAAAGCGCAACCAACAAAACAAAUUAAUAAUUCAUCACAUGUGAGCGCUGAAUUUUUUUUAACGUGAUGAGACUUUAAAUUUUAUUGAAAUCAACAUUUUAUUAAAGAAAAAAAAAAACAGUUCAACUUCACCUUUCUUCCCCCGUCGAAUUAAUUGCGAAUUUAUUAAACGAUUCUUUCUUUUUUUUUCUUUUUAAUUUAAUUCUUUUUAUGAUCUUAAAAUUAAAAUGAAACAAAAAUAAAAUUUAUUGUCUUUCUAAAAAUAAAAAUUUCAUUCAAAAGAAAAUAAAUUGCCUCAUAUGAAUGAAGAAAAAAACUUAACCUCCUUCAUUAAGAAAAAAAAAUUAAGAAGUCACACGGAGGGUUAACGAGGAAACAACCUUAGAAGGAUUAUACUCAUAUUGCAUUGAUUUCUUAGGUAUUUUUAAAAUCUUCAAACUUUGGUACUGAAGAACGAAAUAAAUAUUUUUUUUUAUAAAUAAACUGUUUACUUGAAAGUCAAAAAAAAAAUUUUGUGUAACAUUUUGGACAAAAUUUAUAUUUUUUAAUGAAAUUUUUUUUAUAUACUUUGUAUAGAGCUAAUGAACUUUACCAAUGGAGAUUCUUUUGGUUUAUUAAACCUUUACAAUGAAAGAAGAAUGAGAAAAAAAAUAUCAUGUAUAAAUGUAAAGUGAAUAGAAACAAAUAAUUAAAUUUUAAAUGAAAUAAGAUUUAGAUAAUAUGUCAAAAAAAAUAAUUCCAAAAGAACUGAAGAAUAAACAUGUUUUGAGAAUGA